CACUCCCAUUCGCCCUCCCAAAUCUGACAUCCGAGGACAAAAUCCCACCCCGAAAUGACCGAAACGCCCCCGCCCCUCCCGCCAUUCCUCAUGGUCGAACCCGUAAUUCUCCCCAUCUCCGCCGUCCUCUUUCGUCAACUCACCCCCAAAACCUCCGACUUUCUCCCUCCUCCGCCGAACUGUCCGAAACGAGCUUUAGCGAAAAAGUCGGAUCUUUUUAGAGAGAGAGAGAGAGAGGGAGUGAGAUGGACGGCGGUGGAGGCAGCCAGGCCCACAGGGCGGAGGCGGAGCGGUGGCUGACGGCGGCGGCGAAGCUACUGGCCACCCGUGACUUCCACGGGGCCCGCACCUUCGCGAUCCGGGUCCGCGAGUCCGACCCGGGCCUCGACCUCGCCGACCACAUGCUCGCCGUCGUCGACGUCCUCCUCGCCGGCGAGUCCCGCGUCGUCAGCGACCAGCCCGACUGGUACGCCGUCCUUCAGCUCGGCCACUUCACCCAGAACCUGGAGCUCAUCGCUUCCCACUUCCGCCGCCUCGCCGUCCUCCUCGCCCCCGACCGCAACCGCUUCCCCUUCGCCGAUCAGGCCCUCCGCCUCGCCUCCGACGCCUGGUCCGUGCUGUCCAGCCCCGGCAAGAAGGCGGCGUACGACAGCGAGCUGAAGCUCGGCUUGCUGGGCCAGCUCGGGAAUCAGACGCCCCCCUCCCGGAACGUCAGGGGCAGCGACGGGCAUGCGCCGCCGGCGGAGGACGAGAGGCCCUUCUUCGGGAACGGCACGCCGGUGCAGCCCCGGCCUAUCCGGCCGGCGAGCCAGGCUACCGAGUCGGCGUCGGCCAGCUUCUGGACUGCGUGCCCGUACUGUUUCUAUCUCUAUGAGUACCCUAGGGUUUAUGCCGAGUGCGUGCUCAGGUGCCAGAAUUGCAAGAGGGCGUUUCAGGCAGUGGCGGUACCGUCGCCGCCCGUGUCGGAGAAAGAUACGCACUUUUCUUGUUGGGGGUUCUUCCCAAUUGGGUUUCCGGGGUUACUGAAUCAAUCGGAGGGCGCCUCUGGUUGGAUGCCUAUGUCGCCUAUGGUUGCGUGCCCUGCUCCUGGGCAAGAACCAACUUCUCAGGCAGGGCGGAAAGGCAGCAAAGCUGGGCAGAAACCUGCCCCGAGGGUGUAUUAUGACGACGACGAUGACGACGACGAUGUUUAUGUAGAGCUUUCGGAAUCGAGUGAGGAUUCUGGUGAAGAAUGGGGGAGUAAAAGAAAGACGAGGAGAGUCGGGAAGAAGAGUCUGGGGAGUAGAAGUGCUGCUAGCAGAGUGCCGAUAGAGAGAACAAGAAGACGGAAUGCGGAUGUGGGUGAGCAGGGGAAUGGUGGCAUUGGGGAUGAUGUGGUUAGUGGGACUGCUGCGAAAGGUGGGGACAGGGCGGAGUCGAGUAAGAAGGCGACAGAGUUGAGUAAGAAGCCGACGGGGAGUUCUACAAGGAAACAGUCGGGAAAAGCGGCAAUGGGUAAGUUGGAUUUGAAUGUGGAGUUCAGUAACGAGGUGGAAGAACCUGCAAGAGUUGUGAGUCAAGGGAAUAGGACAGGAAAUGGUGAGGAGGAUAAUAUUGAAGGGACUGGGUUUUUUGAAGGUCUUGAUGAGUUCCUCAGCAGUUUGCCUAUACUUUCUGUGGUCAAUGACGAUAAGGUUAAGGCUUCAUAGGGUAGUAAGGCUGCUUUCAUUGUUGCUUUUUAUAGUUCUCUUUUGCAUGGUUGUUUGUUGUAUUUUAACCUGUGGAGGUACUGGCAAUUCCAUUGUCAUGUUCUCCUAGCCUUUGAUCUUGUAGUAAAGCUAGUGUAUAUUAUGUAGCAACCUUUUCUAACUUCUCCGGUGGUUUUUUUUUUCCUCCUUGGGAUCUUCUGGUUGUCCCAAGAUGGAUAAAUGAUAAAACAUGAGGAGUUCUCUCUCAGUAUGCUUGGACUUUUCUCACGUUUUAUGCUUGCAAUGCACAUUUGCAUGGAAAUUUUAUUCUUGUGCUUUAUCUAUUUUGUUGAUGAUUGGUUCUGGUGAUGAAGUUUUUGGUUUACUUGAUGACUUAAUUUCGAGAUGUUGAAGGAUGUUGGAGUUGGAAGAGAAAAUGUGAUUCAUUUUUAAGCAUCAUGGUGUUAAAGAGGAGGAGGUAAAGUAUUUAAACCCACACAUGGCUUCUUUUUCUGAAUCGAACCAUUGUAUUCAAUUAAAAAAGAUGCUAAUGAGAAGAUCCAUGCACUGUCUACUGAACUGUUCUCUUCCUCUGGGGUUGACAUAUUUGUAACACUAUGUGGAGUCUUAGUAUGAUUAAUCUAGGUUUUGUACUUUUUUUCUCCUUUUGGGGAAUGAACUCAAUAAAAUUCUUUCUUUAAUUGUCUGUUCUAGUGGUGAUAGAUACUAUAGUUUGAAAUAUUGGUAGAGCUUGAGAUGCCCCCAUUAAGCAUCUUGCUUGAGUUAGAAAGACCUUAGAUUAGUUAGAUAAGCUCCAUUUAUCAUUCUGACUUGAUACUUUAUGGAGUGUUGACAGUGUCAGACAUGCUGAGCAUAAUCCAGGAUACAGCUCAUGGUUGCAGGCUAGCUUAAGCAGCAAUGGUUUUUCCGGGGCCAGUUAUUUUGACUGAAUAUUGAAUCUGGGUGAUGUGAGAUGAAAGUUGGCAUUUUAUUCUGCAGCAGACCUUUUCUUUAAUGGGUUUCAAUGUGCUUGGUUAUUGUUUCAUUGAUUUCUGAGCUUAAUGCACCACUUCAUUCUUGAUUAUAGCUUCCUUUUUAAACAGCCAUUUAAAUUAUUAUUAAUGUUAUGGUAGUGGAAAAGAACGGAACUCUCCUGUGUUCUGCUCAUCAUUGCUGCUGUUCUCCUUUUGACUGGGAAUGAAAAGGAUCCAUUUCGUUCUCACAGUUUCUGCUUUUAGUAUUUUCUCAUUUUUUGUCCCCUGUUCCAUGGAAUUUAUGGUGGACCAAUUCUGGCAUUCUUCCUCUUUUCCAAGUUCCACAGUAAUUAUCUCUAUCGGUUUUGACAUUCCAUAUUUGUGGUUUUUUAUUUCUUUUGCAUGGAUUCCAAGGAGAAAAAGGCAUCUUUGCAUUUGGCCUUCUAUUAGUGCGAAGGGACCUUCUUGUCUGUCCAGCAUUCUACUCAUGUCUGUUGAUCUCCUUCCCGGUUGUCAGAGUAUCUGUGUCCCUUCAGAGAGAGAGAGAGAGAGAGAGAGAGAGGUUUUUGAUGUCUUCAGCGGCUUGUGGAGUCUGAUAUAUGGAUGUUCGCUUUCAAUUUUCUUCACUUAUUCUCUUUUGUUAACAGUCAUAGAACAGUGAAGUGAUGUGUUCUUGACAUCAAAAGCUUCUAUGCUUGAAUUGGUCCACCAUCUCCGGAUGUUGAGUGUACCAUGUAGAAUUUUGCUAAUAAAAGUUCUGGCUACCAUGUAGUUAUGUGCAUCGUCUACUUUGUUGGUACUGAAGAUUUUUUAAUUUGCAAUGUCUCUUUUGGACAACUCCAGUUUGAUUUAUGUAGAUAAACUGUUUGGUAUAUUUCUAAGGAGAAAAACCAAGGCAGGCAUUGGUGUGGGAUCAUGAUGAUACAUGCUUUUGGCUUUAAAACAUACAUGAUUUGCAUAAAUAGUUUGGCUUUAACAUUAACUGGUUGAAACGUUCUACAUUGAAAGAGCAUCAAAGUAAAAAGUGUUCUUCCUGUCUCUUAUGAAUUUCUAAUGGACCAAACUAGUACUGGUAAUUGUUUUUAUUCUAUUAUUUAUUAUUAAGAACUGUAGCAUGUGUUGACAUUUGCUGAUUCAGGAACAGCACAGGUUUCAUGUGUCAUAUUUGGCAAUAUAUUGUUUAUAUAUAUUCAUACAGCCUAGCUUAAAGCAGGGAGUUUAAUUUGGUAGAGGAAAGCAAUGGUUUUGGUUGUUUGUGCUGUGGCAUCCGUAGCUGAUGAAGCAGAUAACAGAAAUCUGAAAAUAUGUUGUAUACAUACAAUUCCAUAACCUCAACAAUUUUAUCUCGAAUGGUUUGGAGCUCCAUUGAAUUUAGGUCUGCGGCUGGUUGUUGACCUUUGAAGGCAUCUUUUCUUGGUGUCACAUGCCAUACAAGCAGGAGGGGCAGGUCACAUGCCAUACAAGCAGAAGGGGCAGGUUUGGGAUGUGAAAAGUUUUGUUAAUGGUAUAAAAAACUUGAAGACAAUUGCUUAUUGGAGAAAGGCAAAGUUCUCUGGCAUCUUCGCCAAGAAAGACUACACAAAGUUGUUGCAGGUAUGUGUGAUCACCGACCUGUCUCCAUCGAUGCUCUAGCAGCUUCUCCUAUGGUUGAAAAAAGACAAUUGAAGCUGCAGGUUGGUUUGUCGUCCUUUUAGACAUUUGGGUCUCAACUUGUGCAGUUGGUUCCUUGGAGCAGUUGCUAUGAAUAUACCGUGUACUCUCUUUUGGACUGGUAGCUUGUUGUAUUUCGAGUUAAAGGCUUAUCUCCAUUGUUAGAAAACCAGUCAGGUCUAUUAUGUCACCUUGUCUAUACUCUUGUCCUUGAUCUGUUUCCCCCUUUUUCUGGACC